AUGGCUAAGCGACGAUAUGGGCAGGACCGACCUGUCUCGGACGUGUCAGCUCUGGGUAGGCCUCUGAAGUUGGCCUUUUCUCAGCGAACAGCCAAGAACCGCUUCUUGAAGGCAUCUAUGACCGAAAGGCUGUGCACUUGGGACACCGAGGACAUCAACAAACGCGGAAUUCCCACUCAGGACAUUAUCAAUGCCUUCAAGUGGUUCGGUGAAGGAGGCAUUGGUACGAUCCUAACCGGAAACCUGAUGGUCGACCCCAUAAACAUCGAGGGCCCCGGCAACUUGAUUAUCCCCCCCGACGCUCCCUUCGAAGGGCCACGAUUCGAGGCCUAUAAACGUCUUGCCUAUGCAGGAAACCACGCUGGAAGUUUGAUGAUUGGCCAGAUUUCUCAUGCUGGUCGUCAGGUUCAGAGCCGACUGAACUCUGAUCCCGUCUCAGCGUCGGCUGUGCAUCUCACCAAGGAGGUUUGGGGUAUGAAGUUUGCAAAGCCGCAUGCUGCCAGCCACCAGGAGAUCAAGGGCCUCGUGGAAGCAUUUGCACAUGCGGCCGAGUACCUUUACAAGGCCGGCUUCGACGGAGUAGAGCUCCAUGGCGCUCACGGCUACCUGCUCUCCCAGUUCCUGUCUCGCCGGACCAACCAGCGUACCGACGAGUACGGAGGUUCAGUCUCGAACCGAGCCCGCAUCAUCGUGGAGAUUGUCUCCUCGAUUAGAGCACGAAUUCCCAUGUCCACUGGCUUUGUCCUCGGAGUCAAGCUCAACUCUGUCGAGUUUGACCAGAAGGGAUUCACCCCCGAGGAGUGCGCCGAGCUUUGCGAACUCCUCGAGCAUCAGUGCCAAUUCGAUUUCGUGGAGCUAUCGGGUGGUACUUACGAGGACAUGGCCUUUGAACACAAGAACGAGCACACCAAGAAGCGCGAGGCAUUCUUCCUGGAGUUUGCCGAAUCGAUUGUGCCAAGGCUCAAGCAGACCAAGGUCUUUGUCACGGGAGGGUUCCGCACAGUCAGCGCCAUGGUCAAGGCGUUGGAUGUCGUUGAUGGCGUUGGCCUGGCCCGUCCACUCUGUGCAGAGCCCAACUUGCCCAAGGACAUUCUGGAGGGCAGGGUGAACACAGGAGCCGUGGUUUUGAAGAUCAACAAUCAAGACUACGGUCUGACCGAGACGGUGGCGGGAACUCAGAUUCGCCAGCUCGGGAGAAAUCAGUGUCCUAUGGAUCUCACUAAUGAUGAGGUUGUCGAGGCUUUCAAGAAGAGCACUGAGAAGUGGGAGAAGGCCUUGGAGGCGGAUGGGGACAAGAUGAAGGUCUACGGUUACGUGGAUUUGGAGGGGGUUGAGCUGGCUCCGAUGGGUAGCGGAGACAAGUCAUGUAAACUUUAG